GGGACUGCAAGCAAGUGUUUGUGUUCCGUGCUGCUGCUUCUUGCUUCGUGCUUUCCGCAAGUCAGGCGUGAGCGAAACUGAAAUGGUCCUUACUCAGCGCCGCAAAAGACUGCUCUUACUGAAAAAGAAAGUUCUUCUUAUUUGAAAAAGCCUGGAAGAAGAACGCCGGCGCAGAUGGUGGGUCCGACCCUCGUGGAGAACGCGACACGCCGAGAGCGAGUUUUUCACCACGAUGGAAAAAAAUGCGGGAUGGCGACGUCGACUACUUCAAAAAAUACUACCGCAUGGUUCCCCAGCAGUUUGAUUUCCUGCUAAGUCUGGUUGGAAGGGACCUGAAAAUGCUUUAUUGCAUUUGGGAGCCCGUUUCAUCAGCGGAACGACUGGCCAUGACGCUCAGAAGCCAGACGCUGCUGCGUGGCUGCGCACUGCCGAGGGGUUCUCUCGCACAUGGCAGUUCCCAAACUGCAUUGGUGCAGUUGAUGGAAAACACAUCCACAUCAAGCAGCCCAAGAACUCUGGCACCAUGUAUUUCAAUUAUAAGGGCACAUACUCCAUCGUCCUCCUUGCCAUAGUCGAUAGGGACUACAAGUUUUUGGUCGGGGAUAUUGGCGCCUAUGGCAAGCAGAGCGAUGGAGGAGUCAUCCACCAGUCGCAGUUUGGGCAGCGCUUGGAGCAAGGCGAGUUGCAGCUGCCGAGAAGCUUGGCCUUGCCAAACACCAUGCAGCAAGCUCCGUGUGUGUUUGUCGGGGACGAGGCUUUCCAGCUGCGGCCAGACUUCCUGAGGCCAUACCCUGGACGAGAGCUCGAAGACAGGAAACGGAUCUUUAAGUACCGCCUGAGCAGAGCAAGGAGGUGCGCAGGGAACGCCUUCGGAAUCCUCGUGACACGCUGGAGGAUUCUUGAAAGGACAGUGGGGGAAGAUCCCAAGAAUGCCGAAGAGGUCGUCAAAGCCCUUUGUGUGCUGCACAAUUUCCUGAUGCACAGGCGCACAGAGGGUGAUGAUGCGUACUGUGGUCCUGCAUAUGCCGAUUCUGUCAAUGGAUUCGGGCACCAACGGUCUGGCCAGUGGCGUGAGCAGCUAGCACGGCCACCGUUGCCAGUGGCUCACACCCAGGCACGUAAUUUUGCCCAAGCAGCUCGGCAUGUGAGAGACACAUAUGCCAACUACUUCAGCAGUACUGCAGGAAGUGUGUCCUGCCAGGAUGCAGUACUGAGGUAGCAUGUAGCUUUAUUUCCAUGUAUUGAAAAGGCAUACUGUAGGAGGCUUUAAUGUCUUCAUGUGUGUUAUGCAUUUUCAUGCCUGCCAACCUGGCGAGACCAAA